GAAGUAAAUACUUUUCAGAUUAUGAAGAUAUUUGAAGGCGAAAUUUUGAUGAGUUCUUAUGUAUUUGAUUUAUUAUUUAAAUCAUCUGAUAUGAUUAAUUAUGUUUAUAUAAAUACUAUUGUUGAUAACAAAAUUUUAGAUAAUUAUAUGAAAAAUCAUAAGGUUUAUAUAACUAUUCAUUAUAUAAUUUUAUGUUUUUCUGGACUUCUUGAUAUUGAAAAUUUUGAAAAUUUAAAGAGAUUAGCAUUAUCGUAUAUAUAUUUAUCAUUUAGAGAUUUUGAUAUUUUUAACAAGAUCAAGAAUAUUACAAAUUUAGAGUUAAAAGAUAUUACUUUUGAAACUAUUCGAAAAUUUAAAGAGAAUAUUAUCAAAUUACAAAAUUUAAGAUAUUUCUCUAUCUUUAAUUCUAUUAAUGAUAUGGAUGUUAUUAUGUUUAUAAUAGAAAAUUUGAAAAAUUUGAUCUAUUUCAAGAUAGUUUCUUCGAAUUUAAUCUUUUUUGAUAAAGAAUUGGAAGAAAAAAUAUUUAAGGAAUGUAUGAAAUAUGAAAAUUUAAACUUAUUAGAGAUUAGAGAUUCUGUCAGUGGAAAUUAUAAAAGUAUCAAUAUAAAUGUUAAAUGUUUAUUUAGACAAGGUUAUAUGAUUUUAAAAAAUGAUGUCAAGAAAUUUGAAAAUGAAUUAAGUAAAGAAAAUAGAAUUAAAUUUUUAGUUUCUAAUUUGUAUUUUUCUGAAGAAGCUAUUGAACGAGUUGGUAAUAAUGAUAGGAUUUAUUUAUGUCAUGAGAAUGAAUUAGUCAAUGAUAUUAAAAUUGAGUUUGUUCAACAAACAACAAAUUUUACAAAAAAUUCAACUAUUCCAAACAUAAGUAGAUCUUCAUCUUUACAAGUUGAAGAUGGUGAUAAUCUACCAACAUAUGAAGAAGCUGUUGCGGAAACACCAAAUUCUAGACGGAGAGUACAUAAUAUGAAUAUUGUAUUACUUAAAGAAAGUAUUGGAGUAGAAAUGAAAAAAAUACUUUUUAAUGAGAAUUUGAAUAGAAUUAUUAAUUUUUUAGAUUCACAUAGGAUGAAAUAA